CUUAAACAUUGUAAUACGCAUUAAAGUAUUUUCAUUUAGCUUAUGAAUAAAAAAAUAAUAAUUUAAAAAUGUUCUAUUACAAAUUGAAGUUAGCUUUCAGUAUUACCAAAUAUAUUAAAGCAAUAAACGUGUUGUACUUCAAAACAGCCAUAUAUUACCUUCAAUGAACUACAGUAAGUAUUAUACAUCACAUAAAUAUUCACAAACAUUAAAGAAUAAUAGGAAUAAAUAAAAAAACUUCUAUAUGAAUCCGUAAGUAAUAUUUAGGUUAAGUACUACUAGCUGAAUGUAUAUUGUUUUAUGGAAUAGUAACAAACAAUUAACUUUUAGUGUAAUUAAGUAUGCUCAGUGUUGGAGUUUAUUUUUAUAUAAUUGUAUGAAGUAACAUAUUUUAUAAACCAUCUACUAUUUCAAAUAUAAUAUAAUAUGAAUAGAUAUUUAUUUAUUCAUUACAGUCUAUCAUUGUCAUUAAUAAUAUAUAAAUUAAUUUAAUGUGAUAAUAAUAUUAUUUAAGUAGGUACUAGUUUCAUUAUCAAUUGAAACAGUUUAAAAUUAAAUUUUAUUUAACUCGGAACGACCUAAAUUCAAUGACUUAUUAAAAAUCACUUUUUUGAAAUAUUCUUGGUAUUUAAUAAUACCUAAAAAAAUCUUUCAUACACUGUUUUACAUACAAAAAACAUAAAUUCAUUCCUUUAUUUGCUUUGAAUAAAAAAACAAUGAAUUUAUAAUAAUUUAAAUAAUAAUGUAUUAUUUUAUAUUACACACUUUUCCUUAAUAUCUUCAAUGUAGAUCUAUACUUAAUAUUGUUAUUAUCAGAGCUUAUGACUUGUAGCAUUUGCAUAUUUGUUUUGAAAAGUUCUAGUAACACCCAAGUAAGUUAUAAAUUUGUUUCGGAUAACCAGGAAGUUAAAUCCAAAUUAUUGUUGUACAUUUUUUAGUUUUAACUCAAUUUUUAUGUUUUCGACGCUAUUUGACGCUUAUAUUGUUAUUUCAAUAAAGAAAAAUGAAAAUUUCCUACAGUUAAUAUUAUAUUUGUGUUUAUCAAUUUAUAUUUCGGUAAUUAUCAUAAAAUAAAAUGAGAUUGUAUACUCAUGCAAUGUUUUUACUUGUGAACUUUUUACUUAAAAUUUACUAUUUUUUUUUUUUUUUGCAUGUUUUAACAUUUUCAGUGCAUAUAUAAGCGUUUAUAUGGAUGUUUAUAAGAGCAUAUCAUUGCGCUUAUAAUAACUUUUUUUAGAGCUACAAGUCACAAGCCCUGGUUAUUAUUAUUGUUUUUAAUUUGUAUAUUAUACCUGUUAAAACGCAAUCAGACUUUUUAUAUUUGUUAUUUUAAAUACAAUGAAUUUUGCUUAAUGUGGCCACCGGUUAAUGCAGGCAGCCAUUUAAUAUGGAAAUAAUAGUCUAGUCCUAAUUUUAAUGUAUAACAAUUCAAAUUUCAGUUAAAAUGGGCAACAGUUUAAUGUGGACAAAUAUAACUGGUUCCAGUGUGCCCACAUUAAGCAGAAUCUACAGUAGUAGGUUGUUGCAUAAUAAAAAUCAUAAAAGUUUAGUAGCAAAACAUAAUAAUGAUUAGUUUUACUAAGUUAAUUAUAUCAUAAUACUUAAUUACAUUAUGUAUAGCUUAUUCAAAAAACAUUUAAGUAAUAGCUUAUAGUUCUUUUUACAUAUACAAUUUGAAAAACAAGUAUAAUUUUCUGAUAUUUAUUUUAAUAUAAAGAAUUUUUAAUGUUUUAAAAACUCAAAUAGGUGCUAUAUACUAAUGAUAAGAAUUGAGAAGAGCAAGACAUAUGCUCAAGAUUUAAGUAUUCGUACACAGGUAAAUAAUGUUUACAAUAUAAUUUCAAAUUAUUUACAAUGAAAUAUAUUUACCUCCUCAAAAAAUUUAUCCAUAAAUGCAGCUCCCGAUCCAUCUUGCCGACCAUCCAUAUUGACAGCCACAUCAUCAGCUCCUCCUUCUUCAUCGUCACUUUGAGCCUAAAAAGGAAAAAAUUAUACUUUAAAUUAAUAUGUUUUUAGAAACUUUACCUCAUAAAAUGCCUACAUUUUAAAAAUAAAUAUUAUAAAAAAAUUAUCGAUUAAACUAGUAUUUAUAUUAUCUGUAAUUAACAUGUUAAAUUAAGGCUACCUGCCUAUCUAUUUAAUACAAUUAAAAUUAAUUAUAUAUUGAUAUAAAAAAUAAUUACCAUUCAUAAGUAACUUAAUCGGCAUUAAUAAAUUGUAGUUUAUAAGUAAGUAAAUAUGAUUUAUUAAGGUAAUUAUUAUUCUCUGGAUAUUAUAACUAUUUAAUAUUAAAUAUUUUAUUAUAUGUAUACAUGUGAUUAAAUUAUGGAUGAAGAUCUUAAAGGUUAGUUCGCUGUAAAAUGGUCAUAAAGCGUGACAGGCAAUACAUUUAGUUUUGUUAGUUUUGCCCGUGAAAAAUAUGAAAUUUAUUAUCAUAAAAACUCCUACAAAGUAAAACUUAACCUAACUCAUACUUCAUGGAAUAUUUAUAGAUAUGUCAUAUACAAAUAUAAAAAAUAUCUAUAUUUAUUUAAAAUAUUUAUAAUACUUAUCAAUAUAAUUGUACCUGACUAAAAGAUGUGUUAAUAUUUUGCAUUGUAUAUAGUAAAGCAAUGGAUAACUAUAAAAAUAUAAUACUUUAUAACCCAUUUCACCUACAAAAAUAUUUGAUUUGAAACAUUAGUCCUUAUUAUUUAGUAGCCUAUCAUAGUUUAUGGUCUUGAAACAGAUGAGAUUAGGUGUACCUGUAGAUAUAUUAUAAUACAUAGAUACACACACAUCUUGUUCAAUAUGUUUAUAUGAUAUUAUCAAACCCAGAGUUAAAACAUUUUUAAAAUACUUUAAAUAAAUAAAUACAAUUGUAUAAUAGAAUAAAAUAUUUCAAAAAUAUAAGUAUUAAAUCCUAAUAAUAUACCAUAAGUUUUAUAAAAGAAUAAUAAUUGCCUAGAGAGAUAAUAUAUUUUAAUAAUAUAUUAAUUUAUUAUAAUAUGUACCUAAAGGUAUCAAACUAAUCUAUAUAACUAGGUAACAUAAAUUAUAAUUAAAUAUAAAUAGGUACCAAGAUACCUUUACCUGUUAAAUGUUAAAAGUUACAAAGUACAACAAUUUAAAAUUUGUUGGGUUGAUUCUAAUUUUAACAGUUAAUAAAUUGUUGAUUGUUUUAGAUUUAUAUUCCGUUGAAAUUAUUUUAUAAUUGUUUUAAAUAUCUACUAAUAUUGAAAAAGCAUUGAAAUAAUUUUAGAGAAUACCUAAAUUAUGUUUGUAAAUUAAUAAUAUUUAAAAUUGUUCGAGUUAUGAUCCAAAUAAAAUUUUAAAUCACUAACUCAAAAAUUAAUUUGUAAAUGAUAUUAUGUAAGUGCACAAUUCAGUUUAAUAAUUUAUGUAUUAUCAUUUUAUUAGUAAUACUCAGCUAAGAAUAAUUAUAUUCUGUCUAUAACCGUCCUAAAAAUGUCAUGAUUAAUUAAAUAAAAACCGCUAUAUUUCAAUCAGUUUCCUUAAAUGAAGUGAUUUGAUAACCACAGUAGAUACCUAGGUAUAGCCAGUGGGUAGGUUAAGUAGGUAAAUCGUAAGUUUAAAUCAAUUUGUAUACACUAAAUUAAUAUUAAUAGGUCAACCAGUGUGAGGUUGAGAAAUUUCCAUGCAAUUUAAAUACUGUUCUGAUAAAUAUUUUAAAAAUCAUACCGCUUUUAGAGCCGCUAGCCUGUCCUUAGCCAUUAUUUACAGUAUGGAAACGCGAAACGGAUACACAGACUAGCUGAAAACAAUUAGGUCUCAUAAACGCGUCAUUUGUCAAAAGCAGUAAACACGAACACGAGUAUACGCAACACUAGCUAAAACUUAAAAAACGACCGAGUAAAACAAUAAAAAAUUAACUUUUAUUAUAAUAUACUCUGAACGUGCGGAAAACUCGAAAAAGGGACGAGAUAAAAAUCAAUACAUACUUCCUAACUACAGCACUGUCAGCGGCAGACCUGCGAGUGAAAUAUUGCGCGGCUGCGCGCACCGUGGACCAAAAAACGAAUCCAAACAGUAUAGCCAACAUAAUAAAUUUAGCACCUUUCGGUUUCGAUAGUAUUGAUCAAUAUUCUUCAAUAAUAUAUUUUAUGUCUAUUAUUAUUAUUCGUACAUAAAUCGUAACCAUAAUAAUUCGAUAAGAGAUCGAAAACGGGGGCAAUAAGAGAACUGAAUAAGAUUGUUUAGUCACAUACACCAUCACAGGUGUUCGAUUUUUCUUUUCUUUUUCGAAACGUAUGCGACAAUGACGAUUAAUCGCACCAAUUGUAGAUUUUACAACUUGAAAUUCGCCCAUCUUAUAUACUUAUAUAAUUAUGAAAUUAUUUGGGAACGGAUUCGGGUGAACAUAAGUAUGGGUACAUAAUAUUAUCUAAUUUGUAUACGAGUCCCACGCACGCCAUUGAUUUCCAACGGUUCGUGUAGCAGUUCAACCGGUAGGCGACUAAUACCUCUCCCCACGCGCAUACCUACAGCAUGAUUCCGGUCGCUCGUCCGUCACCGACUACGACACGAUCGACUCGAGAGUUUACAAUCCUACGCAUACGCCAUAACUUCUCCCGGGACGUCAUGCCGGAUAAUCUGAAUCCCUACGGAAAGAAAUAAUACCCGUACUUGAAAAGAGGUCAUGGAGAUCAAGGGUCGUAGUAGUGUGUCUCCUGCUUCCACCUUCAAUCACCAUCAUAGAAAGGACCUCGGUCUUCGAGUGAAAUGUGGUAUAUACCACGUGUAUCUAGUGGUUAAACGGUGCUAUACUGUAUUAAAAAAACGGACGAACACAAUAACCUUGUGUAAUAAAUAACAAUACGAUACAUAAUUCCGUUAUUAUUAUUAUUAUUAUUAUUAUUAAGUCCAGUUCACCUAAUUUUAUUUACUUAUAGCCCAUAGAUAGGUACCCACUAUAGGUACUUCAAAACUAAAUAAUUACUUCUACUUCUGUAAAAAUAGUUAGUAAUUAAAUAAUAUAGGCACCUAAUAUUUUAUUAGUAGGUACGUAUGAACACUAUGAAUAAUACUCAACGAUAGCCGAAGUCGGAAAAAAAUGUGGAAGGGUUGAGGGGCUAAGCCCCUUCAAAACUUGUAAAGAUUGAAAUUAGCCCUCCUUAAAUAUACUAAGCAUAAUUUAGUCUUUAUCAUGGCUUCAUCAGUGGCUUACAGAGAAAUUUUGACAGCACAUGCAGUUAAUAAAAUUAUUACCCACUUACCCAGUACUAAGCAAAAAAAUACAAAAAAUAAAAAUUGUAUCUCUGUUUUAUACACAUCCCUCCAUUUACAAUUCAUAAUGAGCAAAAAAAAGAUGUCCUAGGAUAAUGGGGUUGAGUGCAGCAAGAAGACCAAAAUAUUUUUAACUAAUAUCUACAUUUGUUACCAUUUCCUGUUUUUCCUCCAAUUUUUGGGUUUUCCCAUUUGCUGAAAAAACUCAUUAUAAUAUCGAAAAAUAACCUUAUAGUGAUAACAGUUUUUCUAAAAGAAAAUUUGACUGGAGAGGUACUUUAGAAAGGUCAUUUUUCGAUUUUCUCAGGAGUUUUCUCAACAAAUUUGGUUAUUUAAUUAUUUUACCAUAAUAUGAUGUAUAUAUUAUUAACAAAGCAACACUAUUAACCGAACUCUGCUUAGAAUCGUUUUUUGUUAGCAAUGGUUUAUUGUUGCUUACAAGUAUACAUUAAACUAUUUAUUAUAGUGGCUAUUUUUUAGUUUUUUUCUACAAUUCCCUCCUGUGAUCAUAAUAAAUUAAUAUGUCAUCAUCAUACCAAACUUGUAAUAUUAUGAAGGCUAGGGUUUGUGCUUUUCUUGUUCAGUAUGAACAAUGAAUGAUCUAUCAUGUUUUAUCUAGUGUCCUACUCUAGUGGUUAACUUUUAUAUAAAUAUAAAGUAUAAUUAGUAUAUCGAAAACACAACACAAUGCUGCCCAACCACCCCAAGUUGUGACAACCCAUGCAGUUACAUUACCUGAAAUCAAAGAUAUACGCCACUGAUGGUUAUAGCAAAACACAAAUUGUACUCUCUUGAAUUAGAAUAGAUAAUCUUAUGGUAUCAUGAUUAUACAAAUAAUAAACUGAUACGUCUUUUACAGAUCCAGUAAUAAUUUUAGCUACUAUCAGAUUUUUCUGCAAAAAGCAAUUACAUGCAGACGUGUACCAUUACAUAACUUAUAGGUAGAUAAAUAUUUCUUAGAAGCAUUAUUGGAGCAUCAACUUUUAAAGUUAAUAAAUAUGGUGAAAAUCCAGGAUUAAGCGAAUUAAGAAAUUCUACUGAAUAAUUAACUGCAUGAUCUACUUCUAAUACUGAAUUUACAGAUCUUUAUUUCAUGGUUGAAAAGAAUCUAAUAAUAUUUUAUUUAUCUCUGCUGCUGAAUCACUUUUUUAUGUUAAAAUAGAUCUCCCACAUAACCAAUCCAUGGAUUUAUUCUUGAGAUUUUCAAUACCAAAAUAUAGUUUAAAUAAUAUUAAUAAUUAUAAAAUGUCACUAAGGUACCUAACCAAUGAGCAAACAAAAAUAAAUUAUUUAAACAUUCAGAUAAUUGUACCAAAAACAUAAUAAAAUGCUUAUUUUUGCCUAUUUCAACCCCUUAAAAUCAAAAUUAUUCAAAAUACUUUCUUAUUAGUAAUUUCACUCCUAUAUUUUAGACUAUAAUAUAAACAUACCCUGAAAAUUUCAAAUAGCUAGCUAUCAUAGUUUAGGCAGAACAUUGACUAUGAAUCAGUUAGUCAGGAUUUCUUUUUUUACGAAUACAAAUUUGGAGUAUGAAGAGUUAUCAAUAAAACAUAAUAAAAUAAAUUAUAAUUUAAUAUUAUUUACUAGGUCUAUAUAUUGCCUAAUGUACGAUGAACGUCUUAUAGUAACGCCCGGGCUUCAUAUAAGAUGCCCAGGAAUAGUAAAAAAAUACCUAAAUUAUUUACUUUUCCCGUAAAAUAUAUACAAAUAUACGAACUAUAAUGAGUCGGCUAACCUCUUAAACCUCUAUACUAUAUAUUAAUUCUAAUAAAAAGAUGACUAACUUCACUAAAUAUAGACGACUUUAUAAUAUAAUAGUCAUGGCGUCAUACUUAUUCUAUUACUUUUUUAAACAGUCGGAUUACCAAAUAUAUUUAUAAUACAUAAACUAUGCACUGUAGAUAUAUUUGUAUGAAAAUGUAUUUUUAAUUAUCCAUAAUAAUUAUUCGACAACAAUCUUUUGUAUUUUCGUUUUUUUUUUUCAUAUCGAUAAGUACCUACACUUAUAAUUAGAAUUAAUACAUACAUAAAUAUACCUAUAGGUUAUAUAACGAUAACAUAACUACCAAUAAAUAGCGAUGUAAGUAGAUAACUUAUACCAGCUCUACAUUGGGCUACCUACUUUCCAUAAAUAAAUAACCUACCUAUAUGUACAUAUAUAUGUGUAAUAUAGAUUUAACUGUCCCUAAAAAAUAUAAUGCAAAUAAUUAUUAUAAUUUAUAUUUGCUACAUAAUACAUAGGUUUGCAUAAGUUAAUACCUUAAAUUUUCUUUUUGUCAUACACAUUUGUAUGGAUGACACUGUGUUAGUGGUAAGUUUAAUAUUUGACAUUAAGAGCAAUUAAUUUAUAUAUAGGGCCCGUGAUUUCUCUUCACAGCCCUGAACAGAACAUUAUACGUUAAGUGAUAAUAAAAAACCAAAUUAAAUUCACAGGAAUCAAAAGGUACAUAUUUGAUUGUAUAUGAUGUGUUAUAUGAAGUAUGUACCAAGAAAUGAAAUGACGUGGAUGUCAUUGAAUUUAUAGUAGGUAUCAAUGUAUUUGAUGUAAGAGCAGUCGACGAAAAUCGAAAAUUAAAUAUCCCAAAAGAAGUGAAGCGUUUGAGGUUCAAAUUUUUUCUUCGACUAGAAUUUUUUUAUCAUAAUUAACAUAAAAGUUUAUAAGUAUUGAUACAUACAAAUAUUAUAGAGAUAUCGUACAUAAUUGAUAAUAUUAUUAUAAUUAAUUUUACAAUGUUAAUAUUGCCGCCUAAACAUUCAAAUUUAUUGUAUGACUAUACUGUUCGAUAUUUACAACAGUUGGUGCCACUGUCUACUGUAAAAUACUUUAUGCUAUUCGCCAGGUUGAGUUGUGACAUGAUAGCGGUAUUGAGGGCGGCCCUUUGACGCCAUUCCUUGUUUGCAAUCACGAGCGUGUUUUUUCUCUGUGUUGCAAGACCGUUGGUUAGAAUCCGUUACAGAACGUUCCAGCAUUUUAAUUCACUUGAACAUUACCUUCGGUUUGCCGCGAAUACAAAAAAUACGUAAGUAAUUUCAUUAUUUUAUUACAAAAUUAUUUCUACUACGGUGAAUUCAAGUUAAUAUUGCGACUACUAUUUCUUGUGUUGUGAACUCUGUCCUAAACUUUUGGUACGUCAAAUCUUAGGUUAUAAUGUUACACUACCAGUAAUCUAUCAUUUUAUUUUAAUUUGGGUAGAAUAAGUCUUUCAAUGUUAUUUGAAAUUUUUAAUUAAUUAAUCCUUUUGCUGUUCAUACGAUUUUUGUCAUUUUUCAAUUAAUUUUCUCUGAACCAUGUGAUUUAUGUAUUGGUACUGUAAUAUCAAAAUAAAUUAUAAUAUCAUUGAAAUUUUAGUUGUUUAUUGGAAUCCAUUGAAAAGUUUUAAUCAUUUACAUAUAGAUAAUACAUUUUCAAUAUUAGGUACUUAUUCAAUCUUCAGAACAUUUGUGUAUACAUUUUUGAUAUUAAAGUUUUGUAAUUCUGUUUAUUAGGUUAUGUAUUUUUAUCAAAGUCAACACUUGUUAUAAAAUUAAUUUUUACUUUUAUAUAGAAUUAAGUAAUAAUGAACGUACCUGAUGAUGUGCCCACAUUUAAGUGUGUACUUGUUGGUGAUGGUGGUACUGGCAAAACUACGUUUGUCAAACGGCAUUUAACCGGGGAGUUUGAGAAAAAAUAUGUUGCAACGUUGGGUGUAGAAGUACAUCCACUGGUAUUCCAUACUACUCGUGGUGUAAUUAGAUUCAAUGUAUGGGAUACUGCUGGCCAAGAAAAAUUUGGAGGUCUUAGAGAUGGAUAUUAUAUUCAAGUAAUUAUGCAAAUAGUUUUUUUUUCAUUUUACUAAAUACCUACUUAAUUUAUGUAUUCUAAUGAAUGUCUAAAAAUUAUUCCAAACCGAAAUAAAAAAUUAUAAUAGGUGCUUAAAAUGCAGAAUCUAUAAAAGUCAUAUAAUGAUCGAUUUGACGAAAAUUUUAAUUUUCAACUCCUAAAGACAGAAAAAAAAAUAACAUUCACUUUAGAAGAUUUUUAAAAUAGCCAUUUUGUAAAAGAAUUAAAUGUAUUAUGUAUUUAUAUUUGAUGAAUAAUUUUUUAGUUACAGCUAUUUUAAUUGAAAACAAUUUAUACCUAUUCAAUAAAAUAACUCAUUAUGUGAUAAGGAAUGAUAAUCGGCACAACUCUUCUGUUGAAUAUUAAUUGUUUCCAUGUAUUUUUCAGAAAUUAAAACUACUAAUUAAGAAACUAUUAAUCUAAUAUGAAUGUAUACCACUAACAUUUUUAGAAUAUUUUUUUACAAAAUAACUUUUUUGAAAAUUUUCUAAAGUAAAUAAGUAAAGUUAUUUUUUUAUUUUUUUUGGUGUGUGUUUAAAUUAAAAUUAAAAUUGAAUUUUUCUCCAAAUUGAUGUUCCCCUUACAGAAAAACCAAUUGAAAAAAAAAUCUAAAAAAAUUAAAUUUUUAAAGCGCUAAAUAAAUCCGCCUAACAUGGUGGGUCAUACUUUAUAUAUACAUAUAAAUUUAUCAUACAUCAAUUUUUUAGAUUCUGAGCAAAGCGAGAAAUGUAUUUGUUUUACAAUGUUUAUUAUUAUUUUUUUUUUUGUGAACAAUUUUUUUACCAAAAAUUUUGUUCCCAUUUUUAAGUAUUGUGUUCUAAAGAUGCUAGCAUCUUAGCAUUAGAUGUUCUAGCAUCUUUUCUGGAACAAAAAAAGUUUUCAUUAAUGAAUAGAAAACUUAUGAAAAUAUUAUUUUAAAAUCGUAAAUAUUACAGUUUUUCAAAACAUGUAUAACUGAACUAUGCUGCUCAGUAUUGUUUUUUUGUUAGCAAUGAUUAAUCAUUGCGUACAGGUAUAUAUUAAAUUUUCCCCUCUACCUUCCCAACUUUUCAUUUACAACAGUGUCCCACCCAUUAUGUGAAAUAUGUGCUUCUAUAUUCAUUGAAAAAUUAUAAAUCUUGUUUAAAUUACGAUAAUAUUUUUUUAUUUUUCAGGGGCAAUGUGCUAUUAUUAUGUUUGACGUUACUAGCCGUAUAACUUAUAAAAACGUACCAAACUGGCAUCGAGAUUUGGUUAGAGUAUGUGAAGGCAUUCCAAUUGUAUUGUGUGGUAACAAAGUAGAUAUCAAGGAUAGAAAAGUAAAAGCAAAAACAAUUGUAUUUCAUCGUAAGAAGAAUUUACAGGUACAUGUAAUUUUCUGUUUAAAAUGAAUAAUUUUAAUACUCAAACUCUUUUCUUUAUAGUAUUAUGAUAUCAGUGCAAAGAGUAACUAUAAUUUUGAAAAACCAUUCCUGUGGAUGGCUAGAAAGUUAAUUGGUGAUCCAAACCUUGAAUUUGUUGCUAUGCCUGCUCUUGUACCUCCAGAAAUUAAAAUGGACCCUCAAUGGCAAGAUAAAAUCGAACAGGACCUUAAAGUAAAUGUUACAAUUUUAAAUGAUUUUGCAAGUAAUUGUUUCAUUUUUUUUUUAUUUUUUUUUUCAGGAGGCUCAAGAAACUGCAUUGCCUGAUGAGGAUGAAGACUUGUAAUUUAUUAGUCUCCACAAUCCAACAAUUUCUCUGUUAACUGUCUCAAAUAAUUAAUUACCUUGCACACUAAAUUGGAUAAUUUUUUUAUAUACAUAUAAUUAAUUUUCCCUGUAUAUUUUCAACAAACAAAAAUCAGUUAAUUAUUUUUAUUAUUAUUCAGUCUUCAAAAUCAACCAUAAUUUCCCAUCUUAUAUGUACAGUUUAUUUAUUUAUUUAUUUCCUGUUUUGUAAUUAAUACCGAUCAUAGUAUAUGUCGCUUAUUAUGAACUUUUAAAUUGCAUUCAGUUUGACAUCAAUGGAAUUAUAAUACUUAUGAAUUCCUAUUUAAAUAAACUUAAUAUACAUUCAAUCAGAGAAAAUUAAAAUCAUUAUUUUGAAUCUAAGUUAGUUAUAAAUUCCUAUUAUUUUUUUUUUUUAAUUUUACAUUAAAAUCAAUUAACAAAAUAACUAUGUUCUGGUACAUAAAUUAUGUUUUUAUUUACUUAUACUCCUAGAAACAAAUUAUUAAAUCCAAUUUAUACUUAAUCUUUGAUGAAAUCGUAUCAUCCUAUAAUUUUUAACAAAGUACAAUUUGUAUCUGAAUUCAGAUUAUAUUAUCUUAAUUAUUAGUACUCUAUGAUCUUCAUUUAUUGACUUAGCGAUCCAAUGAAAAAUCCUAUGCUUUUCCUACAAUCUUACUACAAUAAUUAUUUGACCUAGUUAAAUUUAUAUAAAAUGUAUGUAGAUCCAAGUACUGUUGAUAAGGGACAAUUGAUUGUGGUUCAUUGGGUUGUGUGGACAUUUUAAUGUCUUAAUUAUUUUAAAAUAUUGUAUGUUCGCUGAAAAAUAAUUCAUUUGUACAAAAUGUAUGAUAAUAUUAGUUCCAUUUUAAUGAUGAAACAUACAAAUAAAUGUUAGCGAAUAUUCCUGGGAUUUAUAUGAAUUCUGUAUGUUAUCCCGCUAUAUUAUAAUUUAUAGUAGUUUUUAAUAGAAGUUCAAUAUCUUGGUUUUUUUUUUAGAACUAAACUACACAUUUUUCUCUUUCAAUUGCAUUAAUAUCCUUUAUGUAUCCUGUAAGAAAUUGAUUCAUAGAUUUUGUAGACUAAUAAAUAAUAUAAUUUUAUAAUUAAAUUUCAAAUAAUCAAAUAUACAAUUUUUCAAAAAAAAAUCUAUCUGAAUAACACUUUAUUUCAUUUUCAAUUUACCCUCUUAACAAAUAUUUGUAUUUGUUUACUCCUGUAUCCUGCAUAAGGUAUUUGGCUACUUUUAUUCUCCCUUUCCAUAUAAUUAAUAACUAAUAUUAAUAUUUAAAUUUUCAACAAACUUGGAAUCCGAUUCAUAAUAACAAUAUGACAUCUGGGUAUUUAAUGUCAUUAAAUAGGUUUGCUUCUAAACAAAAGUAAAUAAAACCUAUCUGAUUUUAAUAAAAAAAUUUGCGUUACAAAAAUAUUUUAACCCCGUACAACACGCCAUUUUGGAUGCCGGCACAGACUAAUUAUUUAUUGUUUUCUCAUUUGCGAUUUUUAUUUACUUUAAGAUCCAAAUAUGUUAAUUGGAUUUAAUUUUAGUCUUAUUUCUUUAAAAAAAAUAUUCCUAUUAAUAACAUUGGCAUUAGUAUAUUUCAAUGGCUUUCGCUAAUAAUAACAGUAAUAUUGUACACAUUAUUUUUCUUAUUUGCUUUUGUAUUUAUGGUAAUAUACAGUGAUAAAUAUUUAUAAGAAAAGGCGUGUCAUUAAUAUUUUUGUCAGACAAACCGCCCAUCAUUUAUCAUAUUUCCCUACAAGCAAAUUAUGUUACUUAUGAAGUUUGUCCAUAUUGAAAAUAAAAUAUAUUCGCACUACACAGUAACAAAAAUGCUAGGAAAAGAUUUGCUAAUUGGUUACCACAGGGUACAUAAAUUUCCAAAUAUUGAUGUAUACAACUAUUACACUCUUAAGCUUUUUAAUAAUAAAUGUCAAAUGUAUAAGAACAGCAUGAAACACAGUCUAUAGGUUGAUUAUUAAAUCUAUUGAAGCAGAUAAAUAUAUAUAUAUAUUUCCUAUGUACAAUAUAAAUAUGGCCGAGGUGAUAUUUACACUGUGAUUUUGGAAUUUUAUUUUGAAUUGAUUAAU